GAUGUUGGUGGUGCAAGUUUUCCUGGCGGUGCUGGUCACUUCUCGAACCAGUAAGUUCAUCAUUUUAUUUUAAAAAUACGAUCUCCACAUUGUUUAUAUGUGCACGUGCUGCCCGGGUCUUUCAAAAUGUGCGCGCGCCCCUAAUAAAGUAGAUAGUGUAUAACAUUUGUACUUUUUUAUUGUUAAAUGUAUUUCAUUUCUUCAUUGUAAAAAAAAAGUUUAAAUAAAUUGCACGAAUUGACUUUAAAAAAUCAAAUUUCAGGUGAAUGCACAUUAAGAAACAAAUAGUUGUUUUUUUUUCUUAAAAAACAUUUUAAUUAGCCUCAAAGUUUCUUUAUUAGUAUCAGAUGCAUCUCAUUCGGUAUGACAUGUACUAUGUGCCUUCAGUGCAAUCAAAAUAUCUUAACAAGACUAUCAAGUCAUGGCAAUGUCUCUCAGAGUUUGCUCGUAUUUCUAGAGUAUACAUGGCUUUGCUGUUUAAAAGUUAUUGACUUUUUUUUUUCAUUCUAAGAGAAAAGAUUUGUCUCUUACAAGUAUAUAGAAUUUGUGUGAUUCUUCUAUAUUAGAUUUUUUUUUUUUUGGAAGGUCUGCUAUUUUAAAAUAAUUUAUCGUAUUUUUAAUGUAAGGUAGAUUACUUAAAAUUAAAAUACUGUGGGUUUUUUAAAACUUUAUUUUACGAUUAGAAUAAAAAUAUAUUGAAACAUCCAACUAUGCUGUAUUUUUUUAAAAUGCAUCUUAAAUUUAUAAUUUAUGUCCUAACUCCGCCAAGGAAGAUCACUCUCUGUUAAACACGAAUUCUUUUUUUAUUGUCUACUACACUACACGUCUCAAUGACUUUUCCAAUGGAGUUCAAUUGUCAGUAUUUUCCAAUGAAGUUCAAUCGGUUGUCUAUCAUUCGCAUUGCAACAAAGAAUCUGCGAUUGGUCGUAAUUUAUAUGGUUUCUAAAAUAUGGUUUCAGGCUUUGCCAAAGUCAAAGACUACGAUGCCAUAGUUUCGUGUGCAAAGGCCGGAGGUCAAGGCCGAAUGUAUCCCGACCCCGACGACUGCCGGAAAUUCAUCCGCUGCGUGAGCAGAAAACCGGUGGCCUUCACGUGCCCUCCGAUGACGGCCUUUGACCCGGACACACAGGUCUGCGCCUGGCGCGUCGGACGGAACGGCUGCAGUUCGAAACCACCAACAAACGGCUGGGUUGGAAUGAUCGAUAACAUCAUCAGCGACAUGAGUCAGAAAGAGUCUACUUACAAGAGUGCCUCACGGAAGGGAAUAAAAACGCCUGAUUUUCAGAGCUAUCCAGAGAAGAAGAUCAUCCGCAAAAACAUGGAGGACAAAGACAAGAAGUUUAAAGAUCCAAAAAUUAUUGGCAAUAUAAAUGACGUCCUGGUGAUAAAUAAACAAGGUAGUGAACUCGAAGGCGGCAAACUUGUGGACUUUGAGCAGCAAAGAAUGUCUAAUUUUCCCGAUGAAAUCUCUAAACUUUCACCCAACGUUAGAGGAGGUAAUGACAAAAGCAAGUACAGAAGCUACGGUCUGAAGACAAAGCAACAUUUAACGAACGAUGCCCAGAAUGACGUGAAUCAUAAAGACGAUGGCGACAAAGCUGAAAUGGUUUUGAAUCUCGAAACACCGGGUGGCAAGAAGUCGAAAUACGACAACUUACCCGGACAGGACACGUUUGCGACAGUAGCAUCGGCUGCGGUGCAGGACCGAGCAACAACGUCAUCUCCGGUCUCUGCAAGCGAAGACGGUGGCCUCACAGUCAGCACCCAAAACAAUAAAUCCGCAGGACCUGUGCACACUGAGACCAAGGGCGUCGAUCUCAACGGAGCCCCAAUGCCCGCCGCCUUAGAGGACGCGUACCGAGUUGAAGUGAGAGAUGCCUCGUUUGGGAGGAGUGACGUCAUGGCUGACUCUAUCAAGGUCAAUGCAAGAGCUAUGGCAGGAAUAAAUAACGUUUCCGCGCCAACAGCAGAGAUCGGAAACUCGAACGGCACGAAAAUUAGGACUGCAGACGAGACCAAAGAAAGUAACAUAACCGUGAAGAGCUACACAGGUGUUGACACACACACACACUUUCUUCCCAUGAACGCCUCGUCGGCUGCAACGAAAAAUCGGGUCACAUUGAAUACUACAAGCAUCAACAUUAAUGUGACCGAUAGUACAGAGCAGGACACAGAGCAGUCUGGUGACAUUAUUGCAAUUAGGAACACUACCAAUAGCACCGAAUCCGCACGUGACUUUCAGGACAACCAAAACAUCAACAUGAAUAUAACAGAUAGUACAACCCCGGAUGCGACGGAAUCUGUUGAUGAUAUCACCAAUGUGAAUGAUACCAUUUAUAAAAAUAGCACGAAAUCCCCGCGUGAAGCACAGAACAGCUCAAGCAGUGACGCGCCACAGCCCUCCUACAACACCAAGUCUUUCAGACCCGUCCAUCUCAAGCUGUAUCUGCCGAGUAACUCACAGAACAGUAGGAACUCCGGGACACCCCAGGGGACCUUCAACCUCGUGCCCCAGCCCUACAGAGCUCAGGUUGAGCCCCGGUCUUCUAAGUACUCCAGGCUGCUCGAUGACUCUGUGACCGGCCCCGAUCUGUCCGCCCCCGCGGCGCCAGUUGGUGCCAAAGAGGUCUUCGUCAAGAGGAGCACGUCGCUGAUCAAACCCCUCGGCGUGGCGCCGGAGAAAAUCUCGGCGUUGAAAGAGGUUCUGCAGUACAUGACGGGGAAAAUCGUGGACAGCGGUUCUCUGGCCAGAAAGGAGGAGCCGUCUAAACAAAGGCGAUGGUACGAAUUGAGAAGUCUCGUGGAAAAAAGUUUAAACACCACCGCGCCAGAAGCCCCAUCUGUGAUAAGCUUAACGCCGUUAAAUAUUUCCGCUAACGAAUCAUCACUUGAGCAAGGAUCGAACGAGAUUUCCGUGAAGAUGAAUUCUUCAAUGGAGACCAAGAUCACAUCACAAGACUCAAUGAACAUCGGCAUCAAUGACACAAUGGCGACUACACAAAGCACCAUUGAAUUGGUCCAACGGGAGUCCAAUAUUAAUGUUGAUUUAAUAAAGAAUUCAAUAUCGGUGACAGACAGAAAUAAAGACACCCUUGACCAAGUUAAAGCCCCAGGGGUCAUGAAUCAAGACACCCUUGCCCAAGUGAAAGCACCAGAAGUUAUGAAUCAAGACACCCUUGCCCAAAUGAAAGCCCCAUCAGUCAUGAAUCAAAACACCCUUGCCCAAGUGAAAGCCCCAG